CAAAAAAAUUUCUUUUAGAAAAUAAUAUGUCCUCAAUGUGUCUCGUCCUAUACUUUAAAAAUUGACGCGUUUCCAUGUCCAUGUCUAUACUUCUUCAGUCGAAAGUACCAACAAACCAACCAUGGACCAAUACACACCUGACUGCAACUUUUCCAGUCUUAUCUUUGACCGCUUGGAAAUUAAGACCAGCCGCCCACAGCUCAUUGUCCUCCCCUCCAUCUCAAUUCAUAUAAACACAGAGCACGCCUUCUAAUUCAUUUAAUCUCACUGCUAUUUAAUUAAUUAGUGAGAGAGAGAGAAAAAUGAAACCCAGAAACUAUGCAACUUCCAGGCCCUUCUCAGGCUUUGUUUAUGCAACUUUUAUCAGUGCAUUUGUGAUUGUGUGUGAGAGCUCAUAUUCCACUUCUUAUGAAGAUCACUUCAUGCCACGCCUCAACCCAUCGCGUCUCAACAACUAUCUACACAAUGCCCUCUCUUCUGCCUCUCCUUCUCAGUCUGAUCUCCCGGCAAUAUCGGGAUCACGUGUUUACCACGUGGUUGCCUAUGGAGCUGAUCCCACCGGGGAAUCCGACAGCACCGAGGCGCUGGAGAAAGCCAUCUCCGACACAUUUCGGUAUCCCACGGAUGCUCAUUUGAUGGAAGGCAUUGUAGACCUUGGAGGUUCUCAACUUCACCUAGACGGAGGGACUUACAAGAUCAGCCGACCCUUGCGCUUACCGGACAUCCCCGCUGGAAAUUUCAUGAUACACGGAGGAUCAUUACGCGCAUCAGAUUCUUUUCCAAGCGACCGCCAUCUUAUAGAACUAAGGUCGCCAUCACCUUCCGUGAUGUAUGAAUACAUCACACUCAAGGACCUAAUGUUAAACUGCAAUUUCAGAGGAGGUGGAAUAGCCAUAAUCAACUCAAUAAGAACAACAGUAGACAACUGUUACAUAUCACACUUCAAAAGCGAGGGGAUAGUGAUUGAAAGAGGGCAUGAGAGCUACAUAAGGAACUGUUUCAUUGGGCAGCACAUCAACGUGGGAGGAGACCAAGGGGAAAAGCACUUCUCAGGAAUUGGAGUGAAAGUAAUGGGAAACGACAACGCAUUGAGGGACUUAGUGAUAUAUUCAGCAGAGAUUGGAGUGAUGGUAUUGGGACAAGCAAAUGUGAUAACAGGAGUACACUGUUACAACAAGGCUAGAGGAUUGGGAGGGAUUGGAAUUUAUGUAGGGGCGCCUGGUUUCACACAAACAAGGAUAGUGAAUUGCUACUUGGAUUAUACAGGAGUGGUGGUUGAGGAUCCAGUUCAAGUGCAUAUAACAGGAUGCUUCUUCCUGGGAAAUGCAUUGGUGGUACUGAAAUCGGUGGGCGGAGUAGCGAGUGGAGUCAAUAUUGUUGAUAACAUGUUCUCGGGAGAUUAUACAGGGGUGAAAAUAGUUGAGUUGGAUGAAUCCAAGACUCCCUUCACCAGAAUUGAUCAAGUGGUGAUAGAUAGGAAUAAUGUGCGUGGGAUGGAGGUUAAAACCACGGUGGGGCGGGGAUCUAUAUGGGCAAAUGGGACAACUUGGACGGUUGAUUUCUCGAACCUAUUGUUAUUUCCUAACCUCAUAAAAAAUGUAGUGUAUGCAUUAGAGAUAGAGCAGAGUCAUGGUCAAGGUCAAGUUCAAGUGUUUCCAAACCAUGUACUGACCAAUCGAACUUAUAAUCAAGUCACUGUCCAGUCGAACAUAGCCGUAGCAGCCACAUUACACGUUCAAGUACACCAGACCUCCUAUGCCUCAUGAC